UAGAAGACGGUCAUUUCGACCAGCCAACAGAAUGACUCGCCUCUCUUGUUUUCUGCUCGUUGUUGGAUUGUGCGUUGGGCUGAGUAACGCAAAAUGGAAUGAGAAAAACUCUGUACACUUCAAGAACUCUCUUGGUCGAAAUAAUAUCUUGAAGAUUAAUUGUAUAUCAAACGACGACGAUCUAGGCUUCCAUUUUUUGCGGCCUGGAGAAACCUACGAAUUCAGUUUUCAUGAUAGUGUUUUUAAGACAGAAUUUUUCUGUGACCUAUGGCAAGGGCCUAAUUUCAAGUUCCAUGCAGGGUUCACAGGAUAUGAAGGUGGUGGUCUCAUAGUUCAUUAUGGUAAACAAAACUUUUGGGAUGCUAGAGAAGAUGGAAUUUACUUCACACAUGGCCAAAAAACGCCCAAGUUAGAGUAUAAUUGGGAAUAAAAUUGGCUCACUUUUCUUUUAAAUUCACUUCACACAUGGCCAAAAGUAAUUAGUUUAUUUUGCAUUGUGAAAGGAUACCUUUUUCAUAAAUUAUCAAAGGCACCUUUAUAAUA